AUGUCGACAAUAUGGCUAAAGGUGCUUGUUGCAAUAGACAACAAAAAUAAAGUAUUACAAGCCCGAUCAACAACUCUAGACGUUGAAACAAAAAAUCUGAAUGAUUUAAUAGAGGAACUAAAAGUACUGAGAGACAGAUGGAGCAAUCUCUACACUGAGGCCAAGCUAGUGGCAGGCAACAUGGCUGAGAGUGUAGAUUGCGAAACUGAUUUUAAGGAAAAAAGAUUAAAGAAAAGAAAGAUUUUUCAUGACGAAACAAGGGACGGCACGGAACAUCAAUUAAAAAACGAAGAGGAACGUUUUAGGAUUGAUGUCUUCUUCAAGAUCUUAGACUCAGUCUUAGGGGGACUGUCUCAGAGAUUCGAGUUUGCUGGAAAAAUCAGCAACCUUUUCCAAUGUCUUUGGAAAUAUAUUGAGGAAGACGACAGUUUUAUUGAGCAGCAAUGUUUGAGUCUGUGUCAAACAUACAAAGAGGAUAUUGAGAUGGAAAUUUUAAAUGAAUUUAAACAUUUGAAAUCGAUUCAUCGCACUAACUUGGGGGAACAAACUCUUCAACCAUUAAGUCUAAUAAACGCUCUAAGGAAGAACAAACUAGAUAGUAGUUUAUUUCCAAAUAUCACUACAGCGAUCCGGUUGUUCUGUUGCAUACCUGUAUCUGUCAGCCAAGGGGAGAGGAGCUUCAGUUUGAUGAAAAGAAUUAAAAGUGCAAAUCGUUCUACGAUGACGCAAGACCGCAUGAAUGACCUGAGUAUUCUAGCCAUGGAGUCAGAUUUGGCACGUAGUUUGAAAUAUGACGACAUUAUAGAAGACUUUGCUGGGAAGAAGGCCCGACGAGUUGUGUUUUAG